AUAAAUUCGUCCGUUCCGUCAAGUGUCAAAAUUCCAACCUCAACCAAAAUGUCAAAAUUCAACCUUACACGUAAUAAAUGGAUUUAAUCAGAUUUUUAACCCUCUCAAAAUGUUAUUUAACGGCAAAAAAGUGUUUUACUUAUUCAUAAUCACGGCUCUUAAUUUGGCAAGCGGCAUCCGGACCUACACAAAAAAUGAUUUAAUCAAAUUGAGAGAGGAAGUAAGAGAAAUGUUUUAUCACGCCUACGACAGCUAUUUAAAAUAUGCGUACCCCUACGACGAGCUUAGGCCCAUAAGUUGCGACGGAAUCGAUACUUAUGGAAGUUAUUCGCUCACGUUGAUUGACGCUUUGGGGACACUGGCAAUAAUGGGGAACCACUCAGAGUUUCAAAGAGUGGUCCAAAUUUUAACGGCCAAGCCUGACUUUGAUGCAAACAUCAACGUUUCAGUUUUUGAGACGAAUAUUAGAAUAGUUGGGGGGUUACUAAGUGCGCAUUUAUUGUCCCAUAGGGCAGGUGUUAAGCUGGAGCCUGGUUGGCCAUGCAAUGGCCCUUUACUCAGACUAGCUGAAGACGUGGCCAAACGUUUAAUCGUAGCCUUUGACACUAAAACAGGGAUGCCUUACGGCACCAUUAACUUGCGAAAGGGCGUCCCUAAGGGCGAGACCGCAGUCACGUGCACUGCCGGCAUAGGGACUUUUAUUUUGGAGUUUGGUACUUUGAGUAGACUCACGGGGGAUCCCCUUUACGAAGAAGUUGCACUGAACGCUCUCUACGCCCUUUACAAUCACAAGUCACCGUUAGGCCUUUACGGCAAUCACAUUGACGUAGAGACGGGGCGUUGGACCUAUCAGGACGCAGGGAUAGGUUCUGGGGUCGACUCAUUUUUCGAGUAUUUGGUCAAGGGUUCGAUUUUGUUGCAACGACCGGAAUUGUUAGAAAUAUUUCACGAAGCCAGGAAAUCGAUUGAUAAAUAUUUGAAAAAGGACGACUGGUACAUGUGGGUUUCUAUGACCAAAGGGCAGGUCACGAUCCCCGUAUUUCAAUCAUUGGAGGCCUACUGGCCUGGAGUUUUGAGUCUUAUUGGUGACACAAGUUCUGCAAUGAAGACGCUCCACAAUUACCACCAAGUGUGGCUCCAGUAUGGUUUCACGCCCGAAUUUUAUUACAUUCCGCAGUCAGAAGCCGGGACUAAUAGGGAGAGCUACCCUCUUAGGCCCGAGUUGAUUGAAUCAAUUAUGUACCUGUAUAGGGCCACAGAAGACCCGUUUUUGCUCCAAGCUGGUGAAGAUAUCCUGCGAAGUAUUCAACACAGCGCAAGGACACCUUGUGGCUAUGCCACUAUUAAGGACGUCCGGGAUCAUAGAAAGGAAGACAGGAUGGAAUCAUUCUUCCUUUCUGAGACCACGAAAUAUUUGUAUCUUCUUUUUGACACCGAGAAUUUUAUUCACAAUCAAGGCCAACACGGCACUGUGAUUAGCACCCCAAACGGGGAAUGUCUCAUAGAGACAGGGGGCUAUAUUUUCAACACUGAGGCCCACCCACUUGACCCCGCCGCUUUGCAUUGUUGCCACGACGUCCCCAAAUUAAACUUCUUCAAUUUCGAUGAUUUUGAGGAGAAGAAAAGUCUUUUCCGUGGUGAUAGUAUCACAGAACGCAGGAAUUACAUAAAUAAAAAUGACUGUCCUGAAUCGGAAGACGAUGACAAACUUGUCCUAAGUAAUAAGACUGAGGAAAUUGCCGUCGAGGAAAUCACAACUGAAUCGAGUAAUAGCUACGUCAAGUUGGAAGACAACGAUAACGUCAGCCAGAAAAUCAAUUUCGAAGAAAAUGUGACUCUUAAAAAUGAAGAAUAUAGAAAGAAGUCGAGCAAAAAAUUCGACGAGCAAGAAAUGUUGGAGCGCUUCCGCGCCGAAAGUAAGAACAAUCGGAACGCCACGUGGGAAACCAACUACAAGCUGCUCACAUGCAAGGCCCAGCCGUUCCUCCAGAAACUCUCAAUCCUCGGCGAAUUUUUCAAAUAUAUUUAAAUUUGUUACGCUGCUAAAUAACAAAUCAAAUAAAUAAACAACACUACUUCCUAA